AUCAACAUCAUUUGCCGAUUCCACCGAUUAAUGCGACGGAAAAUGGAAUGUUCCAACGAUUGCAAUAUCAACGAAAAACCGGUAGAUUUUGUGACGUGGAAAGAACAGCUCACAAUAAAUAGCAAAUCUCCACAAGUUUUCCAGUUAUUCCUCAAUUAUAUGUACAGUGGAACAGUGAUUAUCGAUCGAACAAGUGUUUCGGGACUUAUGAGAUUCGCUAAUAAUUUCCUGAUAGUAAAGCUGAAUAUUGGAUCUAUAUCUAGACGCGGCGAAUUGCUUAUCAAUACGAUCGUUAGCUCAGAGAUAUAAUCUACCGUUGAACAAUGUACAAUGA